UAAUAACUGCCAACUUCUGGCCAGAACUUUGGCUGAGUCAGAGACCCCUGGCUCACAGCACAGUCCAGUCCCGUCCCCGGCACCAUGAAGACACCUCUCCUCUUCUGCCUCCUCUCAGCCCUGCUGGAGACAGGGACCUGUGUUUCGUGCGAGGUUUGCUAUAGCACACAGGACAGCUGCAUGGGCAAUGUCCAAGUCUGCAAUGAGCAAAUGGACUCCUGCGGGAUCAUUAAAUCAGAGACGAUAAUAGGCGAGAUUAAGAGUCCUAGCUUUAUCAAGGCCUGCGUGUUCUCCCGCCAGUGCCGCCUCAGUCCUCUUUUCAUGACUUUUGGGAACGGGAUCUCUGUGACCAUGAACAUCGCCUGCUGUGCGGGGCAGUCCUGUAAAACAGCCUCCAUUACCGUGCCCCCAGCUAACACCACCCUGAACGGCCAGAGCUGCCCAGCCUGCAUCUCUGUGUUUUCCCAUCACUGCAAUGAAGAGAUCAUCGGCUGUACAGGAGCCCAGACCCAGUGCAUCCAUGUGAGCAGCACCAUAAAAAGCGGUGAGGCAACCGUGCACACCACCAUGAAAGGCUGCGCCACCGAGUCUGCUUGCACCAAUACACAAUUCAAAUGGAGCUUCCCAGGGGUCAGUACAGAUCUUGCUACGGCCGAAUGCAGACCAGCCUCCCAUGUGGCCAGCAUGGCUCCAGAACCAGCCAGACUCAUCCUCCCAGCCCUCGUUACUGUCCUGCUGGUGAACGUCCUCUCCUGAGCCCCACUCCUGCGGCACAGCCACACUGCCCUGGAUAACCACUCCGCAGGUGGCGGGCGGGCGCAGCCCUGCCAAAGGCUCCCGCACCCAGCUCGGAUUCAC